AUGGAGUUUCUUUCAAUAGCCACGUCCAAGAGGAAGAGAAUUGCUGAGAGCUCAGAUUUUGGUCCUUUUGUCAAGUGGCUUAAGCAUGAUGAUGUUCUUGAGCCUUCUUUAAUUCCCGGUUCAGCCUCGUUGCCAAGUGUCUUCAUGUUCCCUUCUCCGCUUCUCUCAAAACCAAUUCGGUGUUCGCUUAGCCACCAUGAGUUUCUCAAUAUUUGGCUCGUCUCUCUUUCUCUGUUAUCUACGGAGAGGCUUGGAGCCAUACUUGGACGUUGCACGGAGGCAUUGGAUCCGGUAUCACAUGAUAUUUUAAGUUUCUUCCUCAUCUUCCCCUCUACAAUCUACAUUCAAGGAAUGGAUCGAAAUGUUAAGAUUAGAAAGGAGGAGCUCAUACUCAAGCAAGGGAGGGUCCAAGAACUUGUUCAAGAGGCCAUCAAUAGGACUGAGAGGAUUGAUGAUGAGGUUGACAAGUGGAAGAAUGAUAUGAAGAGCUGGAGAAUUUGGAGGAAGAGGAUGAUAGAGCUAAAUACAAAGAGUGAUCAUUUUAAUUCAUUGUCUCAUCCUGUUACUAUUCCAGAUAUAGAAUAUCACUCUUCUCAAAACUUUAAGUUCUUCAACUCUACACAAAGGGCUUUUGAUCAAUUGUGGGAGGCACUGAAAGAUGAUGGCAACUCCAUAAUUGGGCUAUGGGGCAUGGGAGAUUCAAGGAAAACUGCCUUGGUGACAGAAGUAGGAAAGAAAGCCAAAGAAUCAAAGCUCUUUGAUCGAGUUGUUAAAACUAUAAUUUCUCAAAACCUUGAUAUAAGAAAAGUUCAAGGUGAAAUUGUUGACAUGUUCGGACUUAAAUUGGAGGAAGAAUCUAAAAUUGGAAGGGAAAGAAGAAUAACACUAAGAUUACAAAAUGAAGAAUGGAUUUUGAUAAUAUUAGAUGAUGUAUGGGCUAAGUUGAAUCUUAAGGACAUAGGGAUUCCCUUUGGGGGAAAUCAUCAACGAAGAUGCAAAAUUGUCCUAACCACACACUGCCUAGAUGUAUGCACUUUGAUGGAUUGCCAAAAGCAUAUCCAUCUUCAUUUGUUAAAUGAAAAUAAAGCUUGGACUUUGUUUCAAACUCAUGCUAAUGCUAAUGAUGCUACUAAAGAGUUUGUGGCUCGAGAAGUUGUUAAGGAAUAUUGUAAGGGACUAGCCAUUGCAAUUGUAGCUUUGGGAACUUGCUUGAAAGGAAAAGGAGUUGAUGAGAUAAAAGUAGUGUUGUAUAGAUUGAGGAAUGCCAAACAAAACAAUGUGGAUAAAGGAGUGAGGGGUGCUUUUGCCUAUCUUGAAUUAAGCUAUGUUUAUUUAGGAACAACGGAAGCUAAGCUAUUGUUGUUAAUGUGUGCUAUGUUUCCUGAAGAUCAUAAAAUUGUCAUUGACGAUCUUUUCAGAAAUGGAGUGGGGCUAGGCCUACGCAGAGAUGUAGACUCAUUUGAAAUAGCAAGGAGCUAUGUUAGAGCAGCUAUAAAUAAUCUUAUUGAGUUCUCAUUGCUGAUGCAUUUUUCAAAGAUCAAUGUGAUCAAACAAGAUUACGUGACAAUGCAUGACAUGUUUUGCGAUGUAAUUUUAUGGAUUGCAUCUAAAGAGGAUCAUACUAUUAUGGUAAAUUGCAAACAAGAAUUGAAUGAAUUGGUUGAUGAUAAAGGAGUAAAAGAUCGCUAUGCAGUAGCUUCAAGGUAUAACAUCAAUGAAUUAGCUCAUUUUGCUUCUCAAUUGGAUGCUCCUAAGCUCAAGAUUCUUUUGUUAGAUUCAACAAAAGCCUUCAAUUUACCGUGUAAUAGAAUAAAGGCUCUAAUUUAUUGGUUGCAUCAUUUGAAGGGUAGUAAAUUUGAAAAAGUACCAAAUGGAAUUGAAAAAUUAAACAAGGUGAAGUUGUUAGAUUUAUCAAGAUGUACAACAUAUGAGUGUUGUUAUAAAGCAAUUGAAAAGUGUUCACAGCUUGAAGAGUUGUACGUUUAUCCACACUUCCACCAUCUAAGAAACACAAAUUGCUAUGAAUACCUUCUACGUACAUUUGCUAUGAAAAAAUUGAGAAGGUACGAGCUACAAAUAGGGGAUUGGGGCAAAGACAUUGAAUUUUGGAAUGAAGGCACAAGAUCUUUAUGCUUGAUUCAGUUAAAUAUCUCUAUGUCAGGUGUAAUAAUCAAAGAUCUUACACGAAGGGCAACUGCAAUUCAAUUUUAUGAGCUUCAAGGAGGUUGCAAAAGUUUCAUUCCUAAUAUGCUUCAAGCUAUGAGAAGCAUGAAUGAGUUAAUUCUAUCUUCAACAUUGAUAUGGAUAAUCCAAAACAACUAUGUCCUAGCCUCUCCUCUUAGCUUGUUCCAAAAGCUAGAAAGACUAUGUAUAUCUGAUUGCCCUCAUUUGCUUCACAUGUUCCCUAAUGAUUGCAACUUAGGCAAUCUUAAAUUUCGCAAAAUUUCUGGAUGUCCUUUGUUGACAUCACUCUUCCUUGUCUCUAUUGCUUGCACUCUUUUGAAAUUGCAGAGGCUAUUCAUAAGUGAUGCUCCUCAUAUGAAAAUUUUAUUUGGUGAAAACAGUGAGGAACAACCUGAUCAUGAUUGA